CCCUCCGUGAUUUAAAUCCUGCUCACUCCUAAUCUAGGGUUUUUCCGCAGAUUGUCUCGUUCGAGCGCGUGUCGGCCGAAUUCAGAUCUCAACCUAUUUACAGGGAAGCUGCAUUAGGAAAAAAAUGUUUACUGCAAGGAGGAAAAUCCAAAAAGAAAAGGAUGUUGAGCCUACUGAGUUUGAGGAGUCAGUUGCACAGGCCUUUUUUGAUCUAGAGAACACCAAUCAAGAGCUUAAAAGCGACUUGAAGGAUCUGUUCAUCAACUCAGCUGUUCAGUAUGAUGUAGUCGGAAACAGGAAAGCUGUUGUUAUCCAUGUCCCUUACCGUUUAAGGAAGGCUUACAGGAAAAUUCACGUUAGGCUUGUUCGGGAACUUGAAAAGAAGUUUAGUGGCAAGGAUGUGAUAUUGGUUGCUACUAGAAGGAUAGUGAGGCCACCAAAGAAGGGCUCAGCCGUCGUACGUCCCCGCAGCCGUACUCUGACAGCUGUGCAUGAUGCGAUAUUGGAAGAUGUAGUAUAUCCUGCAGAGAUUGUUGGGAAACGCGUUCGUUAUCGCAUUGAUGGUGCCAAAAUUAUCAAGAUCUUCUUGGAUCCAAAGGAGCGGAACAACACUGAGUACAAAUUGGAGACCUUUACCGCAGUUUACAGGAAGCUUACCGGGAAAGAUGUGGUCUUUGAAUACCCUGUCACCGAGGCUUAGACUAAAAUUAUAAUAUAUUUGUGCUUUGUUUUUUUGUUGCUAUUCUGAAUUUUUUUGAUAUUUUGACCGCUGGGCUUUUUAUUUUUAAUUAGAGGCUACUGCAAUGAGAGAUUCUAUUUAGGCUCAAGUGUUGAAGGACCAACCUUGAGAUUAUAGUUGCCGUAAUUAUUGCAUUAUUCUGCUGUAGUUUAUACCCGAUGUUUUUAAAAAAAAUUAUCUAGGUUUCGUAGUU